GCUUUCAGAGAGACUGGCCGAUCUUCGGCUCCAUUUGAGUCUCCCAAAUCAACACUUCUGCAGCCGUUGCCGAAACCAGUCUCAAGUCGGAAUCCAUACGAGAUACAUCAACGGCAUUAGCGUCCAUCAAGUGGGUUCAACGCGUGGUAUUCGCUCCUAAAGUGACACCUGCAGAAGCCGAAGGAAAGGGUUGGCGUUGGAGCAGAACAGAAACUAGUCUUUGAAGGUUUCUUGAGGAUAAAUCGAGAUCGUUGAGCUCAACCAUGAAUCGAAUCGGUGCAAUCUGUCUAGCAGUCUUUGCAGUUCUGCUCUCACUCAUAACGCAAACAGUAGAGUCCACCAUCCAACCCAAGGCACCGAAUUUCCAGUACUUUGAAAGGCCCAAAUAUAGAUACCCCUAUUACGAUGAAAAUGGACGCGGAAAACUCCUCUACGGAUAUGGAGGUCCUGAUCUUUACCAAUACAAGAGCUACUCCCCACUGGAUGGAAUUCAUUGAUAUAGACAAAUAAUUAGGCUAGGAAAAUUAGUUUACUGCAAGAAACAAUGUACAUAAGAAUAAUAAUGUUAACUUUAUGUGUAACGAUAGUUCCCAAUCGUUUAUCAGUGGCCGGAGCGCAGCAAUUCUGAAAGACUUACUUUAAAUACUGUUGAUUUGUACCCAGUAACUAAACCGCUAAGAUAAAAAAAUAAACAAUCAAAUUUA